ACGACUAGAUGCGAGACGUUACUCGAGUUGUGCGAGGACCUGAUCGAUAUGGCGCGAGCCAAUAGCCUUUCUCCCAGCCGGAAUUCCAGACGUCCGUCACCCGUAUUGAGUGAAGAUGACUCUCUGUAUCUAUUUUCCGAAAGUACACAUGCAUCAAGCCUUAUCCAAAGUCUCCAACAAUUACGGACGGAUAGACGGUUUACGGACCUCGUACUUAUUGUGGAUAAAAAGGAGUUACACUGUCAUAGAUGUGUUCUUGUUUCAACGAGUAAGUACUUCGAAAGUAUGUUCACCAGCGAUAUGAAAGAAAGUAAGGAAGAAAAGGUGCUUAUACAAGGUGCUACUAGUAAAGGUUUGGAGCUUAUUAUAGACUUUGCUUAUUGCGGAUCGGUUAAUAUCACACGGGAAAAUGUACAAUGUCUUCUAGAAGCCGCCGAUUUCUUUCAAGUCUUGCCAGUACGAAAAGCUUGCAUAAACUUUCUAGCAAGAAAUAUUACCCCUGAAAACUGUUUAGAUGUAAGUGUUUACGCUGAAAGACUUGCUUCUGUAAACCUAACAGAAAAAUCUUGGAAAUUUGCGCUUGAUAAUUUUAAAGAGGUUAGUAAAAAAUCUGAACCGCUUGAGCAGACUUUCGAUAUAAUUUUAAAGUACAUUAGCUCAGAUGAUCUGAUUGUUGAAAACGAGGAACUUGUAUUUGAAUUCAUCAUACGAUGGGUAAAAUUUGAUGAAGAAACGAGAGACAAUUACCUCCCAAAACUCCUCGAACAGCUUCGGAUACAUCUACUUCCCCCAAAGUAUAUCGGAAGUACGAUCCUAGCCGAAGGUCUUGUAACUCGAUCGGAUAUUUUUGCCAAGUUUGCGCAAAUUGCUGAAGAGCACCGUGUGCAUAAUGAUCAGCUGUUGCCGCGGCAAUACAGAAAUACGCGCUCCAGGAGGAUUGUUGUAGCCGUUGGUGGAGUAGGCCCUGCUAAUAUGAAAAUGAAGGAGCUAAAGUUUUUUGAUCCAGUUGAGCGGAAAUGGGCAACACUUACGGAACUGCCGAAAUCGGGGGAGGCGGCAUGUAGUGCUGUUGCUCUGGGAAACGAUAUUUAUGUGACUGGUAUUCAGGGGAAGACUGCCCUUUAUAAGAUUCGGCGAAAUAAAUGGUUUGAAUCGUCUGCAAUGAUUCAAUCUCGACAGCGACACGCGUCAGUGGCAUUAGGAAACUACGUGUAUGUUAUCGGAGGUUACGAUGGCCGGUCACGACUAUCUAGUGUGGAACGUUUCAAUCCUAAAGAAAACAAAUGGGAACAGGUUGCUCCCCUUUCCGAGGCGCUGAGCUCUCCUGCUGUCGUUACGUUCCAAGGGAAAAUAUAUGUUCUUGGAGGAGCUCUGACGGGGGAGUCUGCUUCCAACAAAGUACGCUGUUACGAGCCUAGCACCAACACAUGGACCGAAGUCGCACCUCUACCUCACGCCUUGUCAGGGAUUGCCGCCGUCACCGUAAACGAAUACAUCUACGUGGUUGGCUGCCUGUCGCAGAUCGUUCAUCGGUACAACCCAAAGACAAACCUUUGGAGCCAAGUAGAGAGUAUGUUCAGCACACGUGCGCUGUGCGCCGCGACUGUAUGCAAUGACAGGAUAUACGUAGUGGGUGGUGAAAGUCAGCCCAACACACCAAUCGACAACGUCGAGUGUUAUGAUCCAGUGUCAGAUCGAUGGACACAAUGUCAAAGCUUACCAUAUCCAAUCAAACUCCUCGGCUGUGUGACGGUAACGAAGAGAGUUAAUGCGAUUUCGUCACCAAAGUAGGCCUAUUAAGUAUAAAUGAUAUUUCUACCUCCAUUAUAAUAAUAGCAACAUAAGGAAGUUUGAGGCAAUAAUAUUUGAAAAUUGUCAACAGCCAGUAUUUUUUACCAAAGAUAUAUGUGGGAUGGGAUUCUUAUCCAUGUGAAUUAUAUAAUAGUUUAAUUGUUAAUUUAAUGGCGGAGCGGUUAAGGCAGGGGCACCGUGAUCAUAGCCAACAAUAUAGGCACGGGUUUGCGGCCGGCUCGCUCCUGUAGUUCUGGUGGUGGAAC